UGGCCGUCUGCGCUCCGAUUGGCUGGCGCCUCCAGGACUAAUUUGAAACUUGGCGGUUAAAUCUCCGGCUGGAACAGGGCAACAGGACACCGGGGAAGACGGUGCUGAGGUAGGAUGAUGAAGGAAGAGGUGAAGGGAAUUCCUGUAAAAGUGGCCCUGCGAUGUCGCCCUCUGGUCCCCAAAGAGAUUAGUGAGGGCUGCCAGACGUGCCUUUCCUUCGUACCCGGAGAGCCGCAGGUGGUGGUUGGUAACGACAAAUCCUUCACCUACGAUUUUGUGUUUGACCCCUCUACUGAACAGGAAGAAGUCUUCAAUACAGCAGUAGCACCACUCAUAAAAGGCAUAUUUAAAGGAUACAAUGCAACGGUCCUGGCCUAUGGACAGACUGGUUCUGGAAAGACCUACUCCAUGGGAGGUGCAUACACUGCAGAGCAAGAGAAUGAACCAACAGUUGGGGUCAUUCCUCGGGUGAUACAAAUGCUCUUCAAAGAAAUUGACAAGAAGAGUGACUUCGAAUUUACGCUGAAGGUGUCAUACUUGGAGAUUUACAAUGAAGAAAUCUUGGAUCUUCUCUGCCCACCUCGUGAGAAAACCUCUCAGAUAAACAUACGAGAGGAUCCUAAGGAAGGCAUAAAGAUUGUGGGACUCACUGAGAAGACUGUUUUAGUUGCCCUGGAUACUGUUUCCUGUUUGGAGCAGGGCAACAACUGUAGGACUGUGGCCUCCACAGCGAUGAACUCCCAGUCAUCCCGCUCUCAUGCCAUCUUUACAAUCUCCAUAGAGCAAAGAAAGAAAAAUGACAAGAAUAGCAGCUUUCGCUCCAAAUUGCAUCUUGUAGACCUUGCUGGAUCAGAAAGGCAGAAGAAAACCAAGGCGGAAGGGGAUCGUCUCAAAGAGGGUAUUAAUAUUAACCGAGGCCUCCUGUGCUUGGGAAAUGUAAUCAGUGCUCUCGGAGAUGACAAAAAGGGAGGCUUUGUGCCCUAUAGAGAUUCCAAGUUGACGCGGCUGCUCCAAGAUUCUCUAGGAGGUAAUAGCCACACUCUUAUGAUAGCCUGCGUGAGCCCUGCUGACUCCAAUCUAGAAGAAACAUUAAAUACCCUUCGCUAUGCUGACAGAGCAAGAAAAAUCAAGAACAAACCUGUUGUUAAUAUCGAUCCCCAGACAGCUGAACUUAAUCAUCUGAAGCGACAGGUACAACAGCUACAGGUCUUGUUGCUACAAGCCCAUGGAGGUACCCUGCCUGGAUCUAUAAAUGCAGAACCGUCAGAGAAUCUACAGUCUUUGAUGGAGAAGAAUCAGUCCCUGAUAGAGGAGAAUGAAAAAUUAAGUCGUGGUCUGAGCGAGGCAGCUGGUCAGACGGCCCAGAUGUUGGAGAGGAUCAUUUUGACAGAACAAGCAAAUGAAAAAAUGAACGCCAAGCUAGAAGAGCUCAGACAGCACGAAGCCUGUAAAGUGGAUCUUCAAAAGCUAGUGGAGACUUUGGAAGACCAGGAACUAAAAGAAAAUGUAGAGAUAAUUCGCAACCUGCAGCAACUGAUUACCCAAAUGUCGGACGAAACGGUGGCUUGCAUGACUGCGGCCAUUGAUACUGCAGCGGAACCAGAAGCUCUACUGGAAACCUGUCCCCAGACCAGCAGGUCUUCCGAUGGCUUUACCACUCAACAUGCUCUACGUCAAGCUCAGAUGUCCAAGGAGCUGGUCGAGUUGAAUAAAGCCCUUGCACUGAAAGAGGCCCUGGCCAGGAAGAUGACCCAGGAUGGCAGCCAACUACAGCCCAUUCAGUUCCAGUACCAGGAUAACAUAAAAAAUCUAGAAUUGGAAGUCAUCAAUCUGCAGAAGGAAAAGGAAGAACUGCUUGCUGAAAUUCAGACAACGAAGAAGGAUGUCAACCAGGCCAAGUUGAGUGAGCGCCGCCGCAAACGUCUCCAGGAGCUAGAGGGUCAAAUAGCUGAUCUGAAGAAGAAACUGAAUGAGCAGUCCAAACUUCUGAAGCUGAAAGAAUCCACAGAACAUACUGUCUCCAAACUGAACCAGGAGAUACGGGUGAUGAAAAACCAGCGGGUACAGUUAAUGCGUCAGAUGAAAGAGGAUGCUGAGAAGUUUAGACAGUGGAAGCAACAAAAAGACAAAGAAGUAAUCCAAUUAAAAGAACGAGACCGAAAGAGGCAAUAUGAGCUGCUGAAACUUGAAAGAAACUUCGAGAAACAGUCUAAUGUGCUUAGACGUAAAACAGAGGAGGCAGCAGCUGCCAACAAGAGGCUCAAGGAUGCUCUCCAGAGACAACGGGAAGUUGCAGAUAAGCGGAAGGAGACUCAGAACCGUGGGAUGGAAGGCACCGCCACGCGAGUGAAGAGCUGGCUUGGAAAUGAAAUCGAGGUUAUGGUCAGUACUGAGGAAGCCAAACGCCAUCUGAAUGACCUUCUUGAAGACAGAAAGAUCCUGGCUAAGGAUCUGGCUGAACUCAAAGAAAAACAGGAAUCUGGGGAGAAUCUACCUCCUAAACUCCGGAGGCGCACAUUCUCACUUGCUCAACUGCCUGGUCAAGUUUCUGACUCAGAGGAUUCCAUUACAAAGCAGAUUGAAAGCCUAGAGACUGAAAUGGAACUCAGGAACGCUCAGAUUGCCGACCUCCAGCAGAAACUGCUGGACGCAGAAAGUGAAGACAGGCCAAAGCACCGCUGGGAGAAUAUUGCUACCAUCCUGGAAGCCAAGUGUGCCCUGAAAUAUUUAAUUGGAGAGCUGGUCUCCUCCAAAAUACAGGUCAGCAAGCUCGAAAGCAUCCUCAAACAGAGCAACGCCAGCUGUGCCGACAUGCAGAAGAUGCUGUUUGAGGAGCGAAAUCACUUUGCCGAAAUCGAGACAGAGUUGCAGGCAGAGCUGUUCAGAGUGGAGCAGCAGCACCAAGAGAAGGUGCUGUACCUUCUCAGCCAGCUGCAGCAAAGCCAGAUGGCAGAGAAGCAGCUGGAGGUGUCUGUCGGUGAAAAGGAACAACAGCUGCAGAGCACGCUGAAGUGUCAGGAAGAAGAACUGGAGAAGAUGCGAGAAGUGUGUGCACAAAAUAAGCAGCUUCUCCGAGAGAAUGAAAUCAUAAAGCAGAAACUGACUCUCCUUCAAGUAGCCAGCAAACAGAAACCUCAUCUUCCUAAGGAUACCCCUCUCUCUCCAGACUCUUCUUUCGAAUAUAUCCCACCUCAGCCAAGACCUUCCCGUUUGAAAGAAAAGUUCCUGGAGCAAAGCAUGGACCUCGAGGAUCUACAAUAUUGUUCAGAGCAUUCAGUAAAUGGGCCUGAGGACACUGAUAUUGACGAUGGGGAUGACGAGGAAUGGAAACCGACAAAAUUCUUGAAGAUGUGCAAGAAGAACAUCCAAGGGUGUUCCUGCAAGGGCUGGUGUGGGAACAGGCAGUGUGGGUGCCGGAAACAGAAGUCGAACUGCGACACGGACUGCAGCUGUGACCCCACAAAGUGUAGGAACCGUCAGCAAGACAAGGAACAGGAAACUCAGAGCAACAAAAUGUGUGCUGAGAAGGCCAGCACCAAGCAGGACAGCUUGGGCACUAUUGAGCGGACCCAGGAUUCCGAAGGCUCCUUCAAACUGGAGGAUCCCACGGAGGUGACUCCGGGAAUGAGCUUCUUCAACCCCGUCUGUGCCACUCCGAACAGCAAGAUCCUGAAAGAGAUGUGUGAGGUGGAGCAGGUUCUGUUAAAGACCGCUCCAAAUGCCUCCUCCCUCAGCCUCCCGGAGUUGAAACAUGUCACCGCAGAAUCCCAGGAGAAUAAAGCUCCAGGGAAGAAAAAGAAACGAGCUCUGACCAGCAGCAUGAGCUUCUUCUCGGGCUGCUCCCCUGCUGAAGAGGAAGUCCACUGAGCUUGGACUCGUCGCCUCUGCCUCAUUCUGGCUUGGGAGAUGCGUUCCAGUAGCAGCCAGAGGGUUGUUGGGUUGUUUUUGGUUUUUUUUUUUUUUAAUGACUCCUCUAGAUUUCAGGUUUCUUGCUGUUGUAAAAGGGGGACAGCGUGUUGCUGAGAGGGAAGGAACACCUGUUGGACUAGCACUGUCUCCUCCAGAAGGGCGCCAAGCCACCUGCCGAGGAGCGAACCAACUGACCUUCCUGCCGACUCUCAGGACCCAGUCGCCCCUGUACAAUCUAGCUCCUUGCGAUUCUCGGACAGUGAAGGCUGUCCCCCAGUGGGGACGAGGUGGCCAAGGCUGUCUUAUCUCUGGGUUGUCUCAGCCUAAUGGCGGAG